CUGGAGGGCAGAGGGGUGAGUCUAUCUGGGUCUGUCCCUGGCACUGUGCCAGGUCUGAGUCACGCUGCUCGCUCCCUUCCUCCUCCCCAGCUCUCAUUCACCUCCACACUGCAGCCAAGGGAGGCCCGCCCUAGUGUGGGCUGCUGCCUAUGGCCUUGGGUAGGCAUGAGCAGAGGGGCCACGGGUUGCCCGUCCUCCCCCAUCCUGCUGGGGCCUCCCUCCCCCUUCACUGAGCCCCGGUUAAUUAUAACUCUGACCUAAGUGCCCUGUGACGUCGCGCCCAGGCCAGCCCUGCCCAGGAGACCCAGCAACCAGGUCCAUGUCUCAGCCAUGCUCCCUACGGAGGUGCCCCAAUCCCACCCAGGCCCCUCAGCAUUGCUUCUGCUGCAGCUGCUGCUGCCCCCGACAUCUGCCUUUUUCCCCAACAUCUGGAGCCUGCUGGCUGCCCCUGGCUCCAUCACCCACCAAGACCUGACUGAGGAGGCAGCGCUCAACGUCACCCUGCAGCUCUUCCUGGAGCAGCCUCCGCCAGGCCGCCCCCCUCUUCGUCUUGAGGACUUCCUGGGUCGAACACUCCUUGCCGAUGACCUCUUUGCUGCCUACUUUGGACCUGGGUCUCCUUCCCGGCGGUUCCGAGCAGCCUUAGGUGAGGUGUCUCGUGCCAAUGCAGCCCAGGACUUCCUACCAACUUCCAAAAAUGACCCCGAGCUGCACUUUGAUGCUGAGCGACUGGGUCAGGGACGUGCGCGCCUGGUAGGGGCUCUGCGGGAGACCCUGGUGGCAGCCAGAGCCCUUGACCACACCCUGGCCCGCCAGCGCCUCGGGGCUGCGCUCCAUGCCCUGCAGGAUUUCUACAGUCAUAGCAAUUGGGUGGAGCUGGGCGAGCAGCAGCCACACCCUCACCUCCUCUGGCCAAGACAGGAGCUCCGAAGCCUGGCACAAGUGAGCGAUCCUACCUGCUCCGAUUGCGAGGAGUUGAGCUGCCCCGGGAAUUGGCUGGGCUUCACCCUCCUCACCUCUGGCUACUUUGGAACUCAUCCCCCCAAGCCUCCAGGGAAAUGUAGCCAUGGGGGCCAUUUUGACCGGAGCAGCUCCCAGCCACCUCGGGGAGGCAUCAACAAGGACAGCACAUCCCCAGGCUUCUCUCCUCACCACAUGCUGCACCUCCAGGCUGCAAAACUGGCCCUUCUAGCCUCCAUCCAGGCCUUCAGCCUUCUGCGAAGCCGCCUGGGAGACAGGGAUUUCUCCAGGCUGCUGGACAUCACCCCAGCCUCCAGCCUGAGCUUUGUCUUGGACACCACGGGCAGCAUGGGUGAGGAGAUCAAUGCUGCCAAAAUCCAGGCUCGCCACAUUGUGGAGCAGCGGAGGGGCAGCCCCAUGGAGCCUGUCCACUAUGUCCUGGUGCCUUUUCAUGACCCAGGGUUUGGCCCUGUGUUUACAACCAGUGACCCUGACAGCUUCUGGCAACAGCUUAAUGAGAUCCAUGCCUUGGGGGGUGGAGAUGAGCCUGAGAUGUGCCUGUCAGCCCUGCAGCUGGCCCUGCUGCAUACACCGCCACUCUCAGACAUCUUUGUCUUCACGGAUGCCUCCCCCAAGGAUGCCUUUCUCACCAACCAGGUGGAAUCCCUGACUCAGGAGCGGCGCUGCCGGGUAACAUUCCUGGUGACUGAAGACCCAUCAAGGGUUCAGGGCCGAGCUCGGCGUGAGGUCUUGUCCCCUCUGCGUUUUGAGCCAUACAAAGCAGUGGCCCUGGCCUCAGGAGGAGAGGUGAUUUUCACCAAAAACCGGCACAUUCAGGACGUGGCAACCAUUGUUGGGGAGAGCAUGGCUGCCCUGGUGACUCUUCCCCUGGACCCUCCUGUUGUGCUGCCUGGGCAGCCACUUGUGUUCAGUGUGGAUGGGCUGCUCCAGAGGAUCACAGUCCGGAUCCAUGGAGACAUCAGCAGCUUCUGGAUCAAGAACCCUGCAGGGGUCUCCCAGGGCCAGGAAGAAGGCAUGGGUCCUCUGGGUCACACUCGCCGCUUUGGGCAGUUCUGGAUGGUGACCAUGGAUGACCCUCUGCAGACAGGAACCUGGGAGAUCCAGGUCACAGCUGAGGGCACCCCUGGGGUGAGAGUGCAAGCCCAGACCUCCCUGGACUUCCUCUUCCACUUUGGGAUCCCCAUGGAGGAUGGACCCCACCCUGGCCUCUACCCCGUGACUCAGCCAGUUGCAGGUCUACAGACCCAGCUGCUGGUAGAAGUGACAGGGCUGGGUUCCAGAGCCAGUCCCGGGGAUCCUCAGCCGCAUUUCUCCCACGUCAUCCUUCGAGGGGUCCCCGAGGGUGCCGAACUAGGCCAGGUACCCUUGGAGCCCGUGGGACCCCCAGAGCGAGGUCUCCUCGCAGCCUCGCUGCCGGCCACGCUGCUGUCCACCCCUAGACCCUUCUCCCUGGAGCUGAUUGGCCAGGACGGAGUGGGGCGGCGCCUGCACAGGGCUGCCCCUCAGCCUAGCACUGUGGUCCCUGUCCUUCUGGAGCUUACCAGUCCCUCGGGUUUCUUGGCCCCGGGCAGCAAGGUCCCUCUCAGUCUCCGCGUCGCCAGCUUCUCGGGCCCUCAGGAUCUUGACCUUAGGACAUCCGUAAACCCCAGCUUCUCCCUCACCUCCAACCUCUCCAGGGCUCACCUGGAACUGAAUGAGUCCGCCUGGGGCCGCCUGUGGCUGGAGGUCCCAGACUCAGCGCCCCCGGAUUCCGUGGUGAUGGUGACUGUGACUGCCGCGGGACGAGAAGCCAGCCCAGUGCCCCCGACUCAUGCUUUCCUCCGGCUCCUGGUGCUGGCCCCAGCCCGGCAGGUGAGAGGCACCGCUACUUUCCAUCACAGGGACCAGCUCGCUGCCCCUACCCACUCACAUGACCCUAUCUUCACCACGGCCACCCCUGCCUUUUGCCCCUUCACAAUGGUGACUCAAGGCAGGGCUGGGGCAGGGCUGUCGGGCAGCCCGUGGUGGGGCACAAUUGGAGGGGUGCUGCUUCUGCUAGGCCUGGACUCCUGGUGACACAACAGGCUCUACAGGGAUGGGUCUCCAGAACUAUUUUCAACCUGCCCCACUGAGCCUGCAUCCUCCGCAGCUUGGAAAGGCAAACACAGAGGCUGACUCUUAUGCUACAGCAGGGCUCUGGGUCAUGGCCCUUCCUCUCCCCCCCUGUUUGGGUUCACUGUGUGGUCACUGAGUGUGAGCCCAGACUGGCCACUGAGGACCUGAAGGGCAAGAGGAGGCAGGCGAGAACACUGUGGGCCCUCAACUUGAGUGGAAAUAUAAAAGGCAGAUCUAUGGAGAAAGACUUCCCCUAGGACCUCUUGCUUGGCUGAUACUCACCCAAAGGAAGAAGCUCUGGGCCCCUGGGUCUUGGCGGCUUGUCCCCAGCGGCAGCAGCAGGACCGUGUAGGGAGCCUGUACCAAGGGCAGCCCGCCAGGGCCCUGGCUCCCCAUGGCUCUGAGGUGGGAAGAGUGGAGCCACUCCCACUGGUGUAGCCUGGACUGGUCCCUCCCCUCCACCCCUGCCUUGCACCCAUCCUGCUUCUGUCAGCCUCUCAGGCCCCUUCCUGCUGUGUCUGUCUGAGGCUGGAUGUUCCCACUUGAGAAGAGAGACCAUCUCCCGUGGGCCCCUCUGUCUUCCCUCUAAUUUGUUUUUGUAGGGCCUCUCUGAAGUGGUUGAUUCUCAUGAAGUCUCCUUGGGUAGAAUCCGAGGGUCUUCCUACAGCAAUGACAUUGUAUUUUUACUGAGGCAGGGCAGGUUCCCCUGUGGAUUCCUGCUCUGUGUUUCAGCUCUUUCCUAGUCUCUUUGUUUUGGCUGGCCUAAAGAAACAAUACCUUUCUCCAAAAUAAACUUUAUUCCUAAUAUGAAACAAAAUUUCUAGAGAAACUAAAAAUUCUGGGUCUGAAGGAGAUAAGAAAACAAAGAGGGCCUGGCAGCCCACUGGGAUCUCAGGAGGCUGAGGAGGGCAUAGGAAGGACUCUCAGAGGAUGCUGGUGGCAGCAGGCAGCACUUCCUGGUUCAUGAAAACAUUCAAGUCCAGGUUAGGAUCUUCCAAAUCCAGUUUCAUAAACUUAUCCACUAAUGUCUGGCAACUGAAGAAAGAGAAAAUAGUGAGAUUUAUGGGAGAAUGGACAACCAAGUCCCUGGGCAGAGGGGAGAGGCUGUGGCACAGAAAACCUGGGAUCUUGAAGAUUUAGGGGUUUCAGAAAGAAAUGAUGGGUUUCUGAAGGGCAAAGUGCUGGAGGAAGGAUGAGUCCCUGAAAAGGGGAGAAGAGCCAUAGGAGAAGAUGCAGAGAGUGAAGACACUGGGGCCAUGCACUCACUUUUCCAUUUGGUUCUUUUUUAGCAAAUCCUUGACAGGCUUGAUGGGUUUUCCACUUCGGAUCAAGUCUGAGACCUAGGAACAAGCAAGAAGGUUGGAGGGCUUAGGGGAGUUAGGGAAGAGAAGGGGAAAUAAGGGUCAGAAAUUCUGUGGACGUAGACCCAGGCCCCAGUAGGAGUAGGAAUGGAAGGGAGCUCUGAGGUGGAGGUGGUUGUGCAUUUGGAUCUCAUCACCUCCUUGCCACGAGCCACGAGUCUGUUGGGAAGCCCAGCCUGGAUAGCUGUGUGGGAGGCAUGGCUUGCCUUUGCCACACCUUCGCAAACCUGAUAGAAGAAGACAAGGUCAUUGCCAUCCUCACAGGUCUCCAUGGUCUUAAAAGAGAAUAAAAGACAGUAUAU